AUGAGGAGUUGUUAUAAAUAUAUGCUUAAAGAGCUAUUGAAUGAAAAUGAAGAAGCUUGUGUAGAGGAUGCUGUAAUGGGCUCCUAUUCCGUUGUUCUUGGAUUUGACGGCAAGAAUGAGAUAGGUAAAAACUCCAAACCUGUGAUUGUGUUAGAAGCAGGACAGGAAGCGGGGAUAGAAUCCGUCAACUUUGCACUGUUUAUUAUUGAGCAAUUGCUUGCUUGUAUGGAAUAUAGCGAUAUGUUGAAAAACGUGCGAUGGGUUAUUCUCCCAAAUACUAAUCCAGAUGGACGCGAGUUUUCCAGAUACCAUAAAGCGCCGUGGAAAAAGAAUAUGAGAAUUUCAGAAGUCGAUCACAGUAUCGGAGUGGACAUAAGUAGAAACUUUGAAUAUGCAUUUAGCGAAUGUAACAGAAUAGUUAACGGAUUUUCUUCCCAAUAUCCCGGUAAUAAAGCAAUGUCUGAAAAUGAAACAAUUUUCAUAGCAAACGUUUUAGAAAAAUAUAAAAAUAAUUUAAGGGCCUAUGUAUCGAUUAGACGUGAUGGACAUGCGAUUUUGUACCCAUUCGCAAGUACAAGCAAUAGCAAUGCAAAUGUAGACAGAGUUAAAGAAAAAGCGGGUGAAAUUGUUGCAAAAAUUAACAAAAAAGCCGGUUUUAUACAACCUUUGGCAAAUAACAGUAUAUUUGAAAUGAACAAAAAGGCGCACUGUGGACACAGCGUAGAUUACGUUUAUAAUAAAUACAAACAGACUUAUGCGUAUGAAUUUCGCGUAUUUCUUGAAUCUGAUCAACGUAUUAUUACCAAAUUUCAAGCAUUGCCCCGCGGCUAUGAAACUACACUUAGAACUGGAUAUUUCUCUGUCAUAAAAGAAUUAUACAACAUAGUCGUCAGUGACCACAAAAAAAGUACAGCAAGCGAACGAGUUAUGUUUAAAGGAUAG